AUGGUGCGAGCAAUUCCGAAUGAACCAAGGCAAUUCCUUCCAAGGCCUCGAUCCUCAAGGUAUCCGGCGUUCUUGAACCAGAUAUCAUCGAUUCAGGCUCACCUCAAUAGGAAUGGCAGCAACCCUAGUCAAGAUUCAUCGAGCCACUUCUACCUUUAUCCUUCCGAAAAUACUGGUAUUCCCCUCAUCUCUACCAUUCUUGAUGGCAAGAAUUACAGUAGUUGGAGCAAUGCGAUGUUGCUAGCCCUAAAAUCGAAAAACAAGAUGAAAUUUGUUUAUGGAAGUUUAAAGAAACCUGAUAAGAAUGAUCCAUUGUUUGAACUGUACCAUGAGGGUGAUAGAUUUCGAAUUGCAGAAUUGCAGGAGGAGCUAUACGGACCAAGACAAGGAGAAAUGAGCGUGACACAAUACUUCACAAAACUGAAGUCACUGUGGGAAGAAUUUGAUGAUUUCAUGCCAAUUCCACCCUGCAAUUGUGAAUCUGUGUGUACUUGUGGAUUAGAAGAAAUGCGAAAACAUAGAAUGGAAUAUCAUGCAACUAAAUUCCUAAGAGGACUUAAUGAACUGUUUGCGAAUGUUAGAGCUCAGGUCAUGCUAAUGGAGCCACUACCAGAUUUAAAGGCUGUGUUUUCCAUGAUGACUAGACAAGAAAGGUAA